UAAAUCAGUUUGCCAGAUUACUAUUUUAUGAUGGCAGAGAAGUUCCAUGGUGCUGACAGUCCUCAAGGAUGCCAGGGAAAGGGCAGGAGAGCGAUCUUGAAGUCCACCAAGAAGGCAUGGAUCCCCCUGAAUGAGCAGCUGCCUCCUGGCAUGGAAGGGGACAUCCACGGUAGCACCAACCCCACACAGGAUUUCAAACAAGAAAGCAUUCGGCAAUGGCUGGACUCUGGAUUCUUUGUCUCUCUAAACGAAAAAUUUCAGCAAGGCAUCGACCACCCUGUGUUUUUGCAUGAACAAGGAAUGGCUCAGAUGACUGUGAAAGACUACAUGAGAUCUCUGCAUCCAUUUCCAGAAACGCCUACCCUUUCUAGAGCAACCAGUUUCAACUCUUGCCAUUCUGCUGCAAGUAUACCACAAAGCAUUCCCGAAUGGCUGGAGUUUUGGGAAAAAGAUCCUGUGGAGAUCCUCUUGGAUCUGGGGUUUGGUGUUGACGAACCAGACAUCUGCACACAAAUCCCAGCCAGGUUCCUUGGUUAUGGUUCUGCAGCCAAAGGAAUCGACAUCCCUGUGUUUCUGGAAGCUCAAAAGCAGCGGAUGGACUUUGAGACCCCUAACUUGUAUGGACGCUUUCAACAGCUAGAAAUCCUGGACCAUGUGACCAAUGCCUUCACAUCUUUGCUGAAUGAUGUUAACAUCCUGCAGAAAAAAGCUGAAGAGAAAAACGAAGGAAAUGUCUCCAUAACUGAGACCAAAGAACAUCAGAGAAAAAUGAGUGAACUCUUAAGAAGAGCAUCAAAACAAAGUAUAAGGAGGGAUUGUAGCCCAGAAACAUUGGAGUCACUGAAGACGAAGGAUGGAAUUUUCAAUCAAGCUGCAAAACCAGGAGCAUGCAGAACAGAAUUAUUAGGGAUGGCAAGCAAUCAUAGCCGAAGGUAUACCCGUCCUUUGACCAAGCACCGGACUCUCCAAGCCUGUGAUGACUCACCACUUUGUCAUCCUCCCCAAGCUCUUCAGCAUGAGCCGGGUCCUGUCUCAUCCAGGCUGGCCCAGAAGACUCCACCUUCCAGCAUGCCUGAUGGGCCAGUCAAGGACAGAACUCCAAAAGAGUACUCAACUCAGACUAGCACAUUCAAAACCAUGUUUCAUCUUGCAAAUGAACCUCUGGACUCAUUUGAAAUGGAAGAGGUUCAGAGUUUUGAAGAAGAUGCUGGCCAUUCUCUUGACAUGAUUUCAGGAACUUCAGGCACUGGGGUAAACAGAACCAACAGCUGCCAGUCAGACAGCAGUGGGUUUCUGGAAGAGCCACCAGAACCACUGCCUCUCCAGAUUCCUCUGUUGCCAAGUAGCCAGAGUCUUAGGAAUCAGAGCCGUGGUUUAGCACCAUCCCAGGACUGUCAGCAAGAGUCUGAUGAGUCAGAUACCAAGAGCAUGGUGAGCACAUCAAUUUCAAGCCAAGACUGGAGCGUCUUGGAAGAAAAGACCUCAGUAUUGAUAGAGGAGGAAGAAACUCAGCUUGGUAUUCUGGAGGAUCCACCAGAGCUGUUGAUCCCAGAUAUGAUCUCGAACAAGACCACUGCUGGGAGAGCACAUCUAGGGAAGGGCACCCCAAUGCCCUACUCUGAACAUAAGGUUGUUGGAGGUGCAGCCACAUCUACAUAUGAUUGCCCUCUAGGAUUUACAGUGUCCCACAGCACAGAAGUAAAAGACGGGUUUCUGAAACCAGAGGCAACUGGGAAAGUACCUGUGGAAAGCCACUGUGCGUCACCAAGGUCACCUGAAACUGAACAUGCUCAAGAUGAAUUCCUUCAUGUUGACUCUGAAGCUUCAAGAGAAGAAAACAGCCAAGUCUGUUCAGACAUCAACAGCACAGUACUGACCCUUGAAAACCCACCACAGCUUCUCCCCAGGCUCAGGGAUGUCGCAUCCCAUACAGACAACUAUAUUCAAGGCUGUGACGAGCCUAAUCUUUCCCCAGGUAAACUGGCUGAAGAGACACCCCAGGCAAAGACAAUGUAUAGUACUUUGGACCAAAUAUCAUCUAUGGCAGAAGCGGAGAUGGGAAACAUUUCUCCAAAUGCUGACUCAAACUCUGGCAAGCCCAGGUCUGUGACCAUCCAUAUGCCCUCCAAUCUGAUGCCAGCUGCUCAGAGUACUGUGGCCUUGGGGAUAGAUUCUAUAGGAACAGCUUUAGAAUGCACCAUGUGUGACCCAAUUACCUCCACAGGACCAGGGCUGAGGACAGAAGCAAGACAGUCCAGAGAUGCUUCCAUUCAGACUUAUCUAUGUGAACCCGGGGCCUGGCACUGUUGUGCAUGCUCAAGUAACAAGACCCUGGCACAUGGACAUAAGCCCCUCACCAAAUCUGUCUCUCUAGACGCAGGCUUCCCUAAUACCUACUCGGUGGGCACCUGCCAUGGCACACCUGUCCACUGCUGUAUCUGUUGUCAUCACCGUUCACACUGCUACACACAGGGGUCAGGCCCUGGUCCCACCCCCCAAGCCUAUAGACAUCACCCACACUCACACAGCCCUCAUCCGGAAGUUGAGUUCAUGAAGACUUUGAAAGUCCUCCAGGACACUGCAGUGAGAGAGCUAUGUGCUUGCACAGUCCAGGAGAUGGAAACCAUGCAGACAGUAUGCCAGAGUUUCCGGGAGCAUUUAGAGGAAAUUGAACAGCACCUUAAGGGACAACAGGAGAUCUUUUCCAGGGACAUGUCAGAGGAGGAAAGGGAGGAGGCCAGGCAACUGCAGGCACUACGCAAGGCUCUGAGGCAGCAGGUGGAAGAGCUGGAGUUUCAGUUGGGAGAUCGCGCUCAACAAAUACGAGAGGGUAUUCUGUCUCAGCUCGAGCUGUUCACAGGGGAACCAUCUGAAACCCAUACAGAUUUGUAUCAAUGUAACUGGACAGGAGGAACAAGGGGUCUGAUGUCAAUCCACCCAGCCAUGGCCCCCAGGGCUGCCUUUUCCCGAGAUGGUGGGCAGCAGGCUCCUAGCUCAGGUUUUGCCCAGGUGGAGAGCGAUACCAGGAUGUCCCUUCCAAGUCUGGCUCCUGCAGAGUGGGGUCUGACCCCUUUAUCAAAUUGUCCUGCUGGUGAAAAGGAUACUACAGUCUUCCUCUAA